GUCAAGGCGGCGCUCGCAGGCUGGGCCAAGUCCAGCGGGGUGGCGGCGAACCCAGUGCUCUGCGGUGAGUUCGUCAAGCUGUCCGAGGCGGUCGAGAAGCUGUUCGAGCGGAAGAGCAAGGUGGCAGGGGAGGGGUCUGGAGAGCCAGAUCCUGUGCAGCCGCGUCCUGCGGAGGCUGGCGCUGCUGCAGCCACGAGGGCAG